AUAUAUAUAUAUACAUACAUAUAAGUUGCGGCUAAUAUAUUCAAUGCACUCUUCAAGAUUGCUACCAUUGAUAACCACACACCGAUGCACCAAAUCAAACCCACUUUUUUGGUUUGCAGUGAUUUCGUCGCUGCUAUUUUGCAUUAGUUUACCAACGUACGUGUAGCGCGCAACUCUAUCUAAAUAAUUCGAAAAUAUACUUAUACACAAGAACGAAAAAUGCCUGUGCUUAAGUGGGGUAUUGCAGCAGCUGGGCGCAUAACGCAUGACUUCGUCACAGCAUUGUCCACCAUUGAACAAAGCCAACAUAUGGUGGUCGCUGUGGCCGAUGUGGAAGAGCACCGUGCCAGAGAUUUUGCUAAACGUCAUGAAAUACCUAAAUACUACGAUGGCUUCGAUGCCCUUUCACUGGACGCCGAAGUCGAUGUGGUCUAUGUGGGCACUCUAAAUCCUUUCCACUAUCGCGUAGUGCGUCUAAUGUUGGAGCGUAGCAAACAUGUGUUGUGUGAGAAACCAUUGUGCUUGAGCGUGCGGCAAGCUGAAGAGCUUUAUCGUGUAGCAAAGGAACGUAAUGUAUUCCUCAUGGAAGGCAUGUGGUCCCGCUGCUUUCCCAGCUAUGCGCGGUUACAUGAACUCUUGCUUGCCGAUUGCAUCGGUGAGGUGACACACAUACAAGUGCAACAUGGUUUUCGUGCGGAUGUGGAACGCAUCUUGCAGCGCUCACUUGGCGGUUCCAUUACGCUUGAUAUUGGCCUUUAUGCAUUGCAGUUGGGUCAAUUCGUCUAUGGCUGCGCUCCCAUUGGCAUCAAAUGCAAUGCACAUCUGAACAGUGAUGGUGUCGAUGUGGAAAGUGAAUUUAUAUUGGAUUAUGGAAAGAAUCGAAAGCUCGCCGCAUUCAUAUCGGGUUUGGAAAAUUUGGAUAAUUGCGCGAAAUUAUUGGGCACCAAGGGUGAAAUCAAGCUCAAUAACUAUUGGUGCUGCACAUCGCUGACGAAGCCCGGUAAUGCAACGGAAUCUUGGCCAUUACCCGCUGCCAAAUUCGAAUUCAAUCACACUAAUUCCUGUGGACUACGUUAUGAGGCGGAAGAAGUGCGCAAAUGCAUCGAGAAACGUUUGCUGGAAUGUCCAUUGUAUACGCAUGCGCAAAGCCUAGAACUAAUACGCAUCGAAGAGGAGAUACGCAGGCAAAUAAAUGUAAACUAUGAUGACGUACUGUGCUUGGAUUUAUGAGAAUAGGACACGAUAAAAAUGGGCUACUGGAAAGGAAUUAGGUUAGAUCAUCAUCGUGCACUUUGCACAAGAAUUUGUAAUGAGAUUGGAAACCGAGCACAACCCGUACAGGAAUUUGUUCAUUUCGUUUUAUUAUUAUUAAUCUAAAUAGUUUAUAACUAUGUUUAUUCGAUUCGUGUUAUGCAAUUACUAUUACAUACAUUGUAGCUACAUACAUAAAUUUAUGCAAAUAUGUACUGUAUAAUCUAAAUAUACAUACAUACACUUGUGAUCAGCUAAUUAAGCCAGCAACAUUUUGAUGACUUUUGGCUAUUUUUCUUUUGUUUAUUUAAUGUUUAUUAUUUUUUCAUAAAAGUCUAGCUUAUUUUAUAGAAAACACCAUAUAAAUGCACAUUUAAAACUUUUUGCAAAAAUUAUAAAAAAAUCUGUAAAGUUUCAGCUAAAUUUUAAACUUUUUAUUCAGAGUUUUUAGAAUUUUUUAUUUUAUUUUUUUUUAGUAUGCAUAGCCUAUUAAAUUCUAGGGUAACACUGUGCAAGUUUUAAGUUGCUAAAGAAUCGCGCUGAUUUUUAAUUAACUUUUUCUGACAAAAAUAUAUUAUCGACAAUUUUUUAUGGAAGCAAAAAAAUGCGUAAUGCAGUCAGAAAAAAAUUAUUAAAAAUUAACGCGAUUUUUUAGCAACUUAAAACUUGCUCUGAAUAAUCUGAAUAAAAGUUGAGAACUUAGCUGAAACUUUGCGCAGAUUUUUUAUAAUUUUUGCACAAAGUUCGAAAUGUGGAUUUGGAUGGACUUUUAUAAAAAAUAAUAAACAUUAAAUAAACAAAAAAAAAACAAAGUUGAUCAAAAUGUUGCUGGCUUAAUUAGCUGAUCACAAGUGUAUCUAUUUUAUUUUUUUAUUCGGCUUAUAUUUUUAUUAAUUAGGUUGUUUUUACUUUCCAUUUUCAAAUGUCUUAAAUUUAUUACAUACACAAAUUACUAUCCUUUAUGUACUAUAAACUCUUUCUACUGAAGCUGCUGUAAUCACUAAAUAUUUUAUUUUAUUUUGUUAUAUUUACAGAACUUAUCGAAAGUGAAUACUUAGUAUGUUUCUAGUAGAGUUUGUGUUAAAAAUUGCCAAUUUUCGAAAUUAAAAAUAAAAUUCCGCUCAACUUAGUUGACUUGCAUUUUUAUUAAAAACUUUUUCG